UUCUGCGCAUGUGCGUUUCGGUUGUGUUCUCUCGGGCAGAGACAGGCGAACUAGGAGAUCUGCCUACGGAAUUUAGCCUUUCAAAGGAGACUUUUUAUAUCUUUUCUGCCUCACACAUAGAAUUGCCCGACUGGAUAAAUGAAAGCAGAAGGGAAAUAAGAUUGUUGGCGAGGCCAUGAUAGGGCCUGUCUGACAAAUUACUAUUUGAAAAGUGUUUCUCCUGGAAAGAAAAGGAGUGUCGGUUGGAUAUAAUUGAGAAAAAAAAGAAAUAAGGGGAAGGGAGACAUUGAAAGAAAAAAGUAACGCUUUAUCUCUUGCUUCCGGAAGAAAGGAUCGAGACCACCGUUGCCCGACUUGCUUGCCAGUGGAAUGGCUCACCUGCGAGACCUGCGGGACCUCCGGAACCAGAAUUCCCGACUUGAUCCAGAAGAGUACUUCACCAAAUUGGAGCGGAUUGGAAAGGGCUCUUUUGGAGAGGUUUAUAAAGGAAUUGACAAUCGUACUAAGGAGGUGGUGGCUAUCAAAAUUAUUGACCUAGAGGAGGCAGAGGAUGAGAUUGAAGACAUCCAACAGGAGAUCACUGUACUAAGCCAGUGUGACAGUCCUUUUGUCACUAAAUACUAUGGCUCCUACCUAAAGGGAACAAAACUUUGGAUCAUAAUGGAGUAUUUAGGAGGAGGCUCUGCUCUAGAUUUGCUGAAACCUGGCCCCCUAGAAGAGACCUACAUUGCAACCAUACUACGAGAAAUCCUGAAGGGCUUAGACUACUUACACUCAGAAAGAAAGAUUCAUCGAGACAUCAAAGCUGCUAAUGUCCUGCUGUCUGAACAGGGAGAUGUAAAACUGGCUGAUUUUGGUGUAGCGGGGCAGCUGACAGACACCCAAAUAAAAAGGAACACGUUUGUGGGUACCCCAUUUUGGAUGGCCCCUGAAGUCAUUAAACAGUCAGCCUACGAUUUUAAGGCUGACAUCUGGUCACUGGGAAUUACAGCUAUUGAGUUGGCGAAAGGAGAGCCUCCAAACUCGGAGUUGCAUCCCAUGAGGGUUCUUUUCCUUAUUCCCAAGAACAACCCCCCAACCCUGGAGGGCUCUUACAGCAAACCUUUCAAAGAUUUUGUAGAUGCCUGUCUUAAUAAGGACCCGCGAUUUAGACCUACAGCAAAGGAACUUCUUAAGCACAAGUUCAUAACCCGGUACACCAAGAAAACGCCUUUCCUGACAGAAUUAAUUGACCGGUACAGACGGUGGAAGUCCGAAGGUCAUGGGGACGAAUCCAGCUCAGAUGAUUCAGAUAUGGAUGGAGACGGAGAUGACAGAGAUCAGUGUCCAAUGUGGACCUUUCCAACUGUUCGGCCAAACACUUUAAACAAGCUGCAGAAUGUCAUUUCACUUCCAAAUUCACAAAAGAAUGCAGAUGCAGUGAAGAGGCAGCCCAAAUCACAGUGUCUGUCUGCUCUGAUAACACCAAUGUUCAGGGAGCUAAAAGAAAAACGACAAGCAAGUGGCAGCAGCUUGGGGGUAAUAGAAGAGCUGGAGAAUGCGUUUAACUUGGCGGAGGAGUCAUGCCCCGGGAUCUCCGACCGCCUAGUGACGCACUUGAUGGAGCGGGUGCGGAGGUUCUCAUUAAAUGGAAACAGCACCCCCUCAUCACGAUGAAGCUACAUUUUUGGCUUUUGUUGAGCUCUUCAGUUCACACUCCUGGAGACACAGGUGGACAGACCCCUCUUGAGUUGAGCGAGCUCCUCUGCCAGCAUUCCUUCUGUAACAUCUUUGCCGCGGGCACACUGAGCUCAGACCAGCGGCUCGUAGGACCUGCCUCAUCCCUACCCCACCCUGCUGUGUGCAGAGCAGCUGCUCCUGGAGAGGCCUGUCAUUCUUAGAUCUUUUAAUUAUAAUUUAAAUAUUUUUACAUUUUUCUUUAUUGAAUGGAGGAAAUUAAACAUGUACCCAGACCAUUAAUUGUUUUGUACAGAAACUGUUGCUGGUAUACAAUUAUGAACUAUGGCAUGGCAGCUUAGGAGAUGCAUCGAUGUGCACACACGAUGUGUCUGUGAAAAGCAAAUCGUAUUUUCUAUGUGAAAAUAAACCUGCAAAUCCGAUGGCCCCUGAUCAGAAGUGGGCUGCUUCCCUCAAAUGUGUAUCUUCUGCAGUGAACAGUGGGAACCUCAGCCUGCACACUGCCAGUAUCCACCGCCCCCUUCCCCAGAAAAGAGAAACUUCUGAUGUCAAACCAAAUAAAGUAACCAUAUUGUACUGUUUUAA